GUCCAGCCUCUGCAGCCUGAAGUUCAUAGGAAUACACUUGGCAGGAGUACUUCCAUGGGUCUCCCACAUAUCAGCUGUGCUUUCAAUACUGACCACAAGAUCCAGACUUAAGUGUGCAAUAUCCUGUCAGCUCACCAAAGGUUAUGAAUUUGUAUCACCUGCAACUCAGGAGCUAGUGUUUUUCUAUUAACAUUGCUUUGGCAGUUGGCUUUAAUUUCUUUUGUGAAAUGGGAUGUAGUUGCUGUAAGGCAAGUGCACCAUGAGCUGGACAAACUCUGAGAGGAUACUCUUUGCCAUGCUGUUGGAUUCGACAAAAAAUCUCACUGCUGCUGUGCAGUGAUGCAUGGAUUAAACUGCUCAAAUCCCAGAGAUACUACAGAAUUCAAGUGGAGAGAAUACCCACAGUUUAUUUAUUUCUUUAUAGAAAUCACUUUAUUUGCAGUAAAAGAAAGCAUUGGUAUAAAAUAGCCUUUCAAAUUUGGCAGUCGUUUGCUUGCUGUGUCAGCAAUAUGUGUGAAAGAAAAGGCAUGCUCCGUAACCUACGUUUCAAAGGUCACAGUGCUACUGCUCCAGCCUUCUGAAAACCACAGUUGGAGCCAGCAUCAUGGUUGGUCUGAAGAUUUGGUCUGUCUCUCUGGCUAUACUCUACCAUUUCUGUCAGAGAUGUAUCCCGUGUGGAAUUUCAACACAUGUUGAAAUAGCACACAGAGCUCUGGAAUUUUUCACUAAGCAUGAAGGGAGUGUUAAUUAUAGAAAGUUAUUACUAAAUCAUCAAGAUGCUUUCCAGGCUGGAAGCGUUUAUCCUGAUGCCUUUUAUCCUCCAAUCUGCAAACGUGGAAUGUUCCAUGAUGUGUCUGAAGACACUCAUUGGUCACCAUUUCUCAAAGCAAGUAUUGAUUACAUCAGAAGGAAUUAUCCGCAGCCUUGGGAAGAGGCUACAGAGAAGCUGGUGGCUUUCCUGUUUGGAAUUGCUUCACAUAUGGUGGCAGAUGUUAGCUGGCAUAGCCUGGGCAUCGACCAAGGAUUUCUAAAGGCCAUGGGAGAAAUUGAUUUUCGUGGUUCAUACUCAGAAGCUCACAGUGUUGGAGAUUUUGGAGGAGAUGUAGUGAGUCAGUCUGAGCUGGACUUCAGUUACCUGGCAUCGAGUUGGUAUGUACCUGUCAAAGACUUAGCUGCUAUCUAUAAGGAAUUUUAUGGAAAAGAGAUCAUAACUGAAAGCACAGUUGCUGAAUGUACUUAUUUGCUGUUUUUUGAACUGCAUGGAGAAAGGCUUCUCGUUGGCAAGCUUUUUCCAACAUUUGCUGGUAAAUCUCCAUUUCUGGUGGACAAGUUCCACGAAUAUUUCCUUGGGGGAGUGGAUGACAUGGCAUUCUGGACCAACAACAUUUUUGAGCUGACGAGCCACAUGCUAGAGAAUGGAAGCAGUGACUGCUACCUGCCUGAGAACCCUCUGUUCAUAAACUGCACAAAGGAGCACAAGGACAGCCACAUAAACAAACAAUCAAAACAUGAACAUCACAAGAAUACAACUUCUUUGCUUUCAGAAACACUUGAGAAGAAUAUAAACUACACAGAGAGAGGAGUUCGAUUUGACAUACAGCCUUGGGCAACAAAAUCCCUCCGCUUGAUAAACAAUGCUUUUAAAACCAAUGUCUGGAGAGCAUUAGAAGCUACACAUCAGAAAUCUUCUAAGCACAUCUCCAAGCCAGCAGCUUCAUAUUUUCUGACUUCACCCUAUGCUAGGCUUGGAUGGGCACUGAUCUCAGCUGACCUAAACCAGGAUGGAUAUGAAGAUCUGGUGGCUGGAGCACCAGGGUACAGCACCAUGGGCCGAGUUCAGAUAGGAAGAGUGUAUGUUCUCUAUGGCAACCAGUCAGGUUUGCCACCAGGGGAUAUGGAUCUGGAUGGGAAAGCUGACCAAGUACUACAGGGUCAUCAGCCUUCAGGAAGAUUUGGUUCUGCCUUGGCAGUCCUGGACUUCAAUGAGGAUGGAGUACCAGAUCUGGCAAUUGGCGCACCUUCUGUGGGAUCUCAGUUUCUUACCUACAAAGGUGCUGUGUAUGUCUACUUUGGAACGGAGGGAAGAGGCUUGGCACCUCAGCCAAACGUUACCAUAACUUGUCAGUAUUCCUACUGUAAUCUUGGUUGGUCCCUCCUGGCAGCUGAUGUUGAUGGGAAUGGAAAUGCUGAUCUGGUUGUGGGCUCUCCAUAUGCACCCGGUGGUGGAAAGCAGAGAGGAUUUGUGGUUGCAUUUUAUUCUCAUUUCAACAGGAGUCACCAAGGACUUCUCUCAGUACAGGAUGCCAACUGGAUGGUGCAGGGGGAAGAAAACUAUGCUUGGUUUGGAUUUUCACUUGCUAGCUGCCAGCUGGAGAACGUGACAUUACUGCUGAUUGGUAGCCCUACAUGGAAGACUUGUUCUAGCUGCAAUCCCCUCUUGCUGGAUGUCAGACAGAGUGUUGGGAAGGUGUACGGGUAUAACCCACCAAGUACAGAGAGCUGGUUUGAGAUCACUGGAGACAAGGAGAUGGGCAGAAUGGGUUUGUCUCUGGCCAGUGGUGUGCUGUCUGUGGCGGGGAACACAAGGAAAGUUUUGGUGGUGGGUGCACCUACUGCAGACAGCCUGUCUAGGAUUUUAUUUAUGUCCUCAGUGCUGCAUCAAGCUGGACUGGUGCUGGUAUAUGACCUGUCAAACAGCACCAAGCCUUCUCUGCUCAGCACAUUCAGUGGGGACAGGAGGUUUUCUCGUUUCGGAGGAGACAUAUACCUAAGUGAUCUGGAUAGCGAUGGACUAGAUGAAAUGAUUGUGGCAUCCCCACUGCGAACAAAUGGUGUCUCCUCAGUCCUGGCUGGUGGGGCUGCUGGCCGUGUUUAUAUUUUCAAUGGCAGACAGGCAUCCUCAGGGAAUGUGACAGGCCACUGCACAUCAUGGACAUCUCCUUGUCCGGAGGACUGGGCGCAGUAUGUUCUGACUUCUCCUGAGGAACUAUCAAGAUUUGGGAGUUCUGUUACCACUGUGAAAUCUGAAAGAAAGAAAGAAGUUGUAGUGGCAGCAGAGAGAAGUUCUGCGAAAGCUCGACUUGGUGGAAGGCUUUUUGUCUACUCGCUCUAGAAGUUUGCAGUAGCCUUAAAGACCAGGGCACACCUGGUCUUCUAGUGGUGAACCUCUGUAGUAUUUUUGCUACUUUCCUAAGUCCACACAAACCAGCACUGUGUCAGCAAGCUUUUGCUGAAUUGUGGUGGGCAGCAGCAUCGCUUAUCUAGAACAAGCAAGCUGGUCUGAAAACCUUUGAGAGGUUGAAAUGAGCAAGCAGCUGCAUUUUUGGUAGUAGUAUUUGGCUGUAUAAGGAAUGUUCAGUGGCCACCUUUACUGACCAGAUUUGAGUAUCUUCUUGACAAAACUGGGAAACUGCAUCACAGCAUUUACAAUUCUUACAUACUGUGAUAAGGAUUCUAAGUUAUGGAAAGUUACUGACAAAACAAUAAGCAUGCAGCAGGGGCAGCUUUAAGACUGACAGAAAGGUGGGUGCUGAUCAACAGGACUGUCUCUCUCUUCUCUCUCUCAAGUCUUGAGGCGUGCAUUGAGGGUGUAGUGCAGCUCAGAUCUCCCAGGAAAAAAAGAACAAGCAAGACUGGUAAAGUUUGAGGAAAUGCAAUUUGGCGGGUUACUGCUGACAUCCUUUCUGCUUUUGUGUAAAAUUCCAUGACCAUGGUAACACAGAGUUGUUAAUGGCUUUUAUUGUUAACAGUAUUGUCUUUAACUAAUUAACACUAAUUUUGUACAAUGCAGGUUUAACAGUGCGCAUCAAUUAUCUAUUAAACAACUUGAGCAGCA